UAAUAGGCUUCUAGCGGAGGCUUUCAACUGCCAAUGUAAAAAUGACCUAGACAAUGUGGGUCAGGAAUGUAGGCUUUAAAUACACUAUCUUACUCUCCCCCAGUUGGUAGAUCAAUGAAAAGGCUUAGCUGAAUGCGAAGGUCAAAUCGACCCCCAGCUUUUUGACAUCCGUUGUGAUAGAGAGUGUCGCUUGUAUACUAUAUUAUCAACCAAUCAUGAAAUAGCAAUGAGAAUUUUGGUUGGUCUAUUCUCAAUCCACCCUGCCUGUUAUUCAAGGCUAAUAGUAUAUUAAUGUGUUAGGUAUAUGCGUUCGCUAGGUGUGGUCAGUAUUACGAUGUGUUUGUGUAGUAUAUGUUUAUUUAAUUUCAUUAAAUGAAAUAGAUAAACACACCAACGCACGGACAAUUGUUUGGUUGUCGUACAUACAUCUUAAUGCAUGAUCUAAUACCACCCUGUCUAGCUUGACUCUCAUUCGUUAGGUCAUAGAAUGAGCGAAUACGUAUCUCUUCCACUUAUUUAAUUUAAUCGCGUUGUAUGCGUCGGUUGUACGUUUAGACUACGAUUUGGAUUAUUACAUUGUAUUAAUCAACCAGAUUUUGGGGUUUCUCUAGUAUUUCACUAUUCUGGUUUGCUGCAUGUCAUUUAGCCCCACUAAUUUGACACAGUUUCCAGCUAUGUUAGCAACCGCACAAACUGGAGGUCCGACCGCGUUUGUUGCAAUUAACAACAUGUUUCCUGCCUCUCCAUCUUCGUUGCCAAAUUCUCCAGGAACAAUAUUGUCAAUGCCAACAAAUAUGAUGCCUUCAAAUAUUAGUUCAACGCAAACGUUAAACCCAGGAUCAUUUCUACUGCCACCUACUAACUUCCCUCCAAAUCCGGCAAACCUUACAUGUACAGUUCCGCUUUCGAGUCCACCACAACUCCAGACACCGAUUCUUCCAUUCUUCGCACCUACUUCUGGUAAUCUUAUGUCAUCCAACUCUUCAUCUCUAUCUAUGCCAUCACCAUUCGGUACUCCCAUGUCUCAUUUUGUUCAUCCAGGACAUAAUAAUUCACUUUCCACGUUUUCUUCAUCUGUGUCUACAUCUGGGAACCCAUCUACACUCCCUGUACCUUUAUUUCCAUCUAAUAAUCAGAUAUCAUCUGGCAUCUUGUCUUCUCAACCAAUGAUGCUACCUACACUUCCUGUAGCAUUUAGUAAUCAAGCUCAAACGAACUCUGUCAGUGUCUUACCUGUUCCCAUAGGAAUACCUCAAUCCCUGCCAUCUAACUCAAUAACGGAGACAACAAAUUCUUUUCUCGUAUCAUCCUCCAACUAUACAACACCAAUUUACACAGCAACCUUAUUCCCUUUAAAUAAUCCUACUAUUUUACCGAUCACAACAGUUGCCACUCUGUCUUCCAAUCCAAAUGCAACCACUUAUCUCCCAUCAGUCAAUGGUGAUCAUGCUUCGACAUUAUCGUUCAGAAAUGAAAAACCUCUUGUUUCAGCCCCUGCAAAAGUUGGUAAUGUUAGAAAUCUACAGGCUUUAGAAGCAGUUGACUUUCAUCGAGAUGCCAUUUUGGAUGCUAUUGAUAAGUUGCGUGAACGAAAAGCUCGACCUGAUUUUGAACGUAUCUCUUGUCUCUUAAAAAGACAUCAAAACAUAAAUUCAGAACAAACUCAUUUAUGCCUUCAACGUCUUGCUGAUGCUGGAGCAGUUGUAUGCGUCGAUUACAAAGGUAAUUUAAGCUAUCGGAAUCCAUCAAAAUGGCGUAAAACAGCAGCGACUUCCGGUACUGGUAAUACUAAUUUGCCUAGUGUAAGUCAUAAACUAGUUGAUGCUAUUCGUAGUCUCAUGGAAAGUAAUUUGUCAAGUCAAUCAACACAGUCAUGUACUAAUUUAAUCCCAUUUUCACAACCAGGACCAAAUGGUGGUUACAGUCUUUUUCAAGUUGAACGAGCUUUACAAUUUUUAAGUGAUUUAAAUGGUUCACCUAAAUCAAUACCGGAGUUAACCGGAGCAACUCUUCGUGUCUGUCUCGAUCGUGAAGCUACUCAUGGGAAACUGGCUAAAACAUCAGAUGGACGUUAUAUAUUAGACGAGACAGGAGAACAUAAAAAGGCCUAUAUGAAUAAUAGUAAUAUGCAUACACCACUAUUGUCUAAUAAAAAGCUACUUCCACCAAAUACUUCAUCCGGUGCUUACCAAACCUCCAAUGGAUCAUGCACUAAAGUGACUAGCAAAUCCGGACCAACUGACCGUAAUAUUACACCUACACGACUUCAUCCUCUAGCAGCUAAACAAACUCCUAACACCACUAUUGGAAAACCUGUAAAUUUAUCGCUUACACCUAAUUUUUCAAUGCCUCCAUUGAGUUCCGGUAGAAGAGGACGUCCACCGGGUUCAAAAGCUAAGAAAAUUUCUAGUGAGAUAAAUUCAUGUGAAAAAAAAAUAAGAGUUGAAAAUUCUUCGACUGCAUACGGAAACACAACUAUUUCAGGUGGAGUAGAUUCCAAUACAUGUAAUGGUUUAAAUAAUUCUUCCUUAUAUAUAUCUGAUACAAAUUCAAGUAACCUAGUCCCAACAUCAUGUUUUACUUCGCAUACAACAAAUGAACUUCCAUUCUCUUCAACAAUUCCAGUUCUACCUUCUAGUUCUUUUAUCACUGUAAUUGCUUCUUCCAGCAGUAAUUGUCCAAAUAUCUUACCUGGAACUAUUCUACCUACCCAUUUUUCUGCAGCAUCAAGUAUACCUAUCGAUUCUUCUCUUAUGACGACUAUUUCAUCUCCGUUUUUGUCUUUUCCAUUAUCUCAAAGCUUAUCAUUACCACCGUUGUUUUCUAAUACGUCGAAUUUAUCGCAUGAUUUUACCAAUCCUCAGUUAACUAUGCCUUUAAAACCUGAUAAUGUAUUAACACCUGAUUCAUUCAUGUCUGACACGAACUGUGAUACAGUCGACAAACAGGAAGAGAAAGAUGGUCCUAUUUGUUAUUGUUGUGGUGGUCCACCAACAUGUGAAGAAGCCUUUCUUUUAUGUAAGGACUGUGGCCUUAACGUCAAUAAGUGAAUUUGAGGAUUAAUUCAGUCUAUACCAUACAUUAAUUUAAAUUUUUCAUUAUUUCGGUUCGUUAUGAAUAAUAAUGGCUUGUCAAAAUCAAAUUCUGUAAUCGUAUGUCCUCCAGUCAGUGUUCUAGAAGAGGAACAUUCUACAAGUUCUACAGCUAAGAAAUGUAUUGGAGACGAAAUUCCAAUUUCAAGUACAUUAACAGCAUCAACUAGUGUUCAGAAGAGAGCUUACUGUUCAACUACUUUUAUGUCUCUUCCUUCGAAAAUUCAUUUACCACACUUUGCUGGUUAUGAUCUUAGUUGUUCUAGUAUUUUUGAGCAUUCUCAUGAAAAGAAGAAAAGUCGACUGGUAAACCCGACAAGUUUAGUCCCUUUACUUCGUUUUGACCACAAGCUGGUGCGUUCACAUCCCCAAAUUGAUUAUGUUAAUUUAUUUAGUGCUGGGAACCAGGUGAAUGUGACUCCCUCCAUAAAUUACACUCAUCAAAAUAUUAGAUCUCGUUUUAUGGCAGAUAAACCUGAUCAGUAUGUUCAGGCUUUUUGUUCAUCUACUAAACCUUACGUGUCAUCCUCUAAUUUUUCUGGGAAUUCUGAACUUUCUUCCAAUGUACCUUGGAGACCUGAGCCUUUCCCUUUGGAUUAUAUAUGUGGGGAGAACCUAUUAAACACCUCAUUUAGUUCGAGUGUUGGUUUGACUAAACCAACUAAGACUCCAGAGACGUCCACAAUCGUUGUCUCAAAGCUUCCUGAGUCAGUCGAUGUAAUAUUUCCAAACCCAAAUGCUACACAAAGCUCAUCUUCAGAAUGUAACAGCUACGCUUCUGUAUCGGCCCACACUUCUUGUAGUGAUAUAGUACAAGUGUCUGGAAAUUAUCCGUUACCAUUUACACAUUCGUCGACAAAGAGUUCAAAAGAUUCUAAAAAUGUCAGUCAAGUUGAGGAGGAAACUCAAAAUAAUCUAAAAACUACCGUUUUUAAGCAUGAACCACGGAAACGCAAGUCACAAAAUCACACUAGUACAGUAAUGGUGGAAGUAAAUACAACCGAUCACACAAAUUCGUCAUUUUUCCAUUCGAAUAAUAAUAUAAUAACCAAAUGUGAUGCUAAAAGUACUUUAAACUCAGUUCAGGAACAUCAAUCUUCUUCCUGUGCGACGACUGUACUUACUCAACUAACUCAUUCUUUAGGGUUUACGCCUAGUACUAUCUGUGAACAAUUAUCUUAUCCUUUCAGUCAUGGUGUAAUCACUCAUGCCGCGUCGUCUGUUUUAAGUCGACCACAGUGUACGACAAAUCACGCUCCACGUUCAUCGAAUGCAGUCCGAAGGUCAGUGGGUACAUCACGCAGACCAAUAUUACCAAAUCAUCUACGGAAGUAUCCAAACACUUUAUUACUUAACACCAGGUUAGGUUUCAAAUCUGUCUGUAAUACAGCUGCAAUACAAUCAAUUCAUCACAUCAGGUCAGAUAUCAAGCCUAUACCCUACCAUGAUAGACCACCAUUCACACAGUAUCAUCGACAAAAUGUUUCCUCUACUAUAUAUGAAUCCUCUAGUAGGAAACAGGUCACUUCAAUUUGUGAAAACAAACCACCAAUUCUUAAUUCUUUCAUCAUUGCUUCAAAAACUGGUAUUGUUACCAGUACCAAUACAAGUGUAAUCACUCCAUCUUUUAAAAUAGACGUUUUACCAAACUAUAUUACUGCAAACCUUAUUCCAACGAAUCUAACGUAUAUGAAUACGGUUUAUUAUUCAUCUCCUGAAGAAGACUUCUUGUGGAAAUCACAAUUUUUCGGUAAGAAGAACGCUCAACAACUGAUUUACACAUUAAUUUACUUAUUUGCUAAAUUACUUCACUUACGUAACAGUCAUCAAUUGCAUCAGUUACGCUUUGGAUUGAAUAGUCAAUUAAAAGUGGUUUAUUUCAAUGAUAAUAACGACGACGAGAUCAAUAACAAUCAAAUUAAACCGGACACUUCACAUUUAACUCUGAAAGACGAUCCAAUAAUGUCAUCUAAAAAGUGUAUAAAUGAUAAAAAUGGAAAUUCUGGCUUAAUAUAUAGACCAGAUCCAAGCUGUUCUUUACUCGCGAAAUCAAUCACUUCAAUGUCUUCUUCAUCUUCGUUAUCAUCACCAAUACCAAGAACAACUGUGACGAAUGUGUCUGAUCAAAACAUUCAUUCAUAUUUCGAUUAUUUAGAUGAGAAUACACCACGAGAUUAUACAGUGAAACAAAAUGCUAAAUUACAGAAUAAAAUAAAUCGUUAUAGUAGUAUUUUAUUGCCUCGAUCAGGUACAAACGAACAACAACUACUGACUACUACUAGUUCAGGAAUCAAUUUUAUAUUUGAUCAUAAUUCAUUGAAUAAUCAUGAGCGUUGUAUUGUUUGUUAUCAUGAAUUUUAUGUGUCCAAAAGACUUAGUUCAAUAGGUCAAUCACUAAAGAAUAACUAUUUUCUAACAUGGCAAACAAAUUGUUCAACAAAGAAUUCAUGGUUUAAUUGCCGUCCAAUUGAACCAGAUCUACUGGCUACAAUUCUUCGUAAAAUUGAGUCGACUUUAGCAUAUACUGCUGUACAAAUAAAACAACGGAGACAAUCUAGAGUCAAUUCAUUAUCAAAUGAGCUGGGAUCAAAUCAAAAUCUUAUUAUCAAGUCAACUUCAUCAAGAUUGUCGAGAGUGAAAAACAAUCUGCAAUCUAACUAUCAUUUACAAAUUAAACAACUGAAUUCAUGUUAUAGUGCUAGUAGUAAUUCUCCACUGAAUUUAGUAACAAAAAAACAUAAAAAUCAAAAUGGUGCUGAUGUCAAUGAUUGGAUAUUCAAGACAAGUGGUUGUAAACAGUCCAACUUUCAAGAUAAUGUAGUUGCUCACCCAACCUGCUUAGAUUAUUGGCCAGAAUUAACAGAACGUGCACGUCAAUCUCCAUGGCAGUGUUCAGAUUGUAAAACUUGUACAGUUUGUAAUAGUAGUGAAUACAAAGUGAGUUUCAUCGUUUUGUCAUUUAGGAAAAAUGUAUUUUUCUACUGUUGAGAGUGUUUUAUAUUAUAACAAUAGUGACAUCAUUUAGUCACAAAUGACGUUUUAAAAUUUCUGAAGUGAUUUGAUUUAUCAUAAUAUGAUCCAAUGACACGCCGAACAUUUAUUGAGGUUUUAUCAAAAACCUGCAAUGUGAACGAUUAACUCGCGUUUUCAAUAUUAUUUAAACUAUAUGGAAGAAAAUUUAUUGAGUUUGGCUCUCCAAAUCUUUGUUACUUUCUUAAAAAGAGGUGAAUUUAGUCGUUUUUCCUAAAGCUCUCCUACUAAAAACACUUAUGAUAAUCUUAUUGUAUCCUGUUUUUGUUAUUUUGAGAUUGAUAUAAGUUCUUUGUGAACAGUGACUGAUAGUUUCUACCCAAUGACCCUAUCCUUAAUACCUCGAAAAUUCUAAAUUUUCUUUUGUCUCAGACCAUGAAAGAAUUUAAGAACACUGAUAAAAAUGAGUGAUACUCUUAUUAUGUCAAUGAUUGUGUUAUAAAAGAUAAUAUUAACUGUUGUUGAUAUCUAUAAUAGAUUUUUAUGGUUUUUUCUGCGAUCUUAUGUUGCUUGAGUAUCGAGGACAGUUAAUUGGAAUAAUUAUGGAAACAGAUUGCAUGGUUACGGUAUUACCCAAAAUUUACAUUCAUAGUUUAUCAAUUGCCGAAUAUUACCCAUUCCAUUUUAUUCUCCAUUAGUCUUUCAUAAACUUUUGGUAAAUGUGUUAUGUUGCGUAUAUACUUCAGUUGUGAGCUUACAUAAUUUUUUCCGUAAAUUUGCAUAAGUAUUAUACAAAAUAACAAUUUCCAUUAUCUUACAUUGAUCACAAAUGUGAUUCAUUUAUUAAUACAUCACAUAUACUUUAUACUUAAUUUAUCACACAUGAUAUUUGUAUAAUUGCAUAGAUUUUUUAUCAUAAUAUUUAUACUUAGCGACAUUGUUCAUAUGGAUAACUAUUAUAUUUUGAUAGCACAUUCUUUUAUCAGAAAUCCAGUUAAACAUAGUUUAGUCAUACUGGCAUAUUAUAGCUUAAGGAUUAGGGCAUGUAGCUUCCAUCAACUAGAUCUCCGAUCCAAGUUGUGAUAAGUCUGCCAAAUGAACUCUCGAUCCGACUUACUGGCCGCUUCUAAUAACGCCAGGCUCAAUCUACAUUCCAACUUCAACACGAGAGGAGAGUCGUGAAGUGUCAAAAACACUCUGCUCCAAUGUUAGUUUAUGUACAGAUAAACGAGGGUAUUUAUGGGGCUACCUUCGGCUUGAAAUUUCUGGAGUCAUAAUAAAUAUAAUAUCAGUAUAAAUAAACAUCCAAUCAGAAAACUAACACGUAACUUUUCACUUUCUAAAUGUUUCUGAGAAUCGUCUAUUUAACCCUGAUUUGUGAUAGUGUUUCCAAGCUUUUCCUAUGCCCCUAUGGAAUUUUCCGAGGGAUAUUUUGGAACUCUUUAACAGUUUGGGAAGCCGGGUAGUAUCACUAACCCUCACAUGUAAAGUGUAACUCAAAGCCGAGUACCUGAAUCUGUACUCGGUAAAUUAUAUUUCCAUGAUUACUCUGUACAUAUCAGAUACAGCUUUAAAAAUUUUUUUCUCUUUAAUAGAGUGACUUAAUUAUCUGUGAUGCAUGUGACAAAGGCUUUCAUAUUGAGUGUCAUCGACCGAAGCUUGAAGAGUCUAUAGAUCGUAGUCUUCCUUGGGUUUGUGCAAAUUGUCAGGAUGAAGGUUAUCGUGUAGCUAUUGGUACACUACCAUCUAGUAUUAAUAAUCAAAAUUAUUCGUCACCUAACAAAACUGAAGAAUGUAAUGAUGAUCUUAUGAAAACCCCGUUGAAAGAGAUUAAUUCGUCUUAUGAAUAUAUUAAAACUGAAUCAAAACAGGAAAUGGAUGAGUCCGGUAUGGAAGAAAAUGUUAUUAAAUCUGUUGAAUCUUCACCACAUUCCACAGUUGGCCAGAAUUUCACAACGACUACUUCCACUACAAUUUGUAAAGAAAAUUUUCCAGCGGAUAUAAAUUCCACAGAUCAUUCGUCGAUUGCAUUGACACCAACUAAAAGUUGUUAUUCUACAUCGCCUAAAUUAAAUGAAUCAAAUAAUAGUAAUAAUAAUAGUACUACUAUUUCUACAAAUAAUAAUAGUACUACUACGUGUGAAGUAAAUUCUGUCCAGUUAGAUAGCGAUUGUCUGCAUGAAAACAAGUAAGUUUAUUAGUCUUGGGAUAAUGUUUUAUGUUUUGAUAUUUUCCUGAUUUUCUCUGUCUUUCAUCCUCCAUAAUGUUCAGAUGUUUACAGUGUUACGUAAAAUUUGUAUCUUAUUGGCUAUUCUAAACAGUCGAUCAGUCAGUCAUAUGUAAUAUGGAACCUAGCAGACGUACGUCAGUUCAAAUUGCUGCACUACAUUAGUAUAGUGAGAUAAAAUUAUCACCAGUAACAGUAUAAGCCCUAAUAUUAGAGAAGAUCGGUUAUAUGGAUAUGAUUCAGGAAGAAAAUAUGACGUCGUGAAAUAAAAUGUAUUCUAUAAUUUUGAAACUCGAGAUCUAAGGAAAGAUAUGAAGUGAAUGGAUUUGUGCCACUGCAGCCUAUGCUGAACCAUGUCAUUCAAAGUCUAAUCUACGGUUGCAAUAACAUAGCUAACCCCUGUUAUAACUUGUGAACCGCCAAUCAGAGAGCAGCGAAUUAUCGACCGAACCAGUGACGCAUAAAACACUUGCGAACAGCCUAGAGCCCUGGUUGGUCUCGCUUCCUGUCUAGCCCAGCCAGUCAAGUCCAGAACACCAAUCUCAGCCUCUGCAAUAUGAAUCAUUUAUUUCAAACAUACGGGGUUUAUAUAUUAAUCAAACAGACCACAACGUACCAUAAAAUACAAAAUAACAUUUGUACAAUAUUUAGCGAAAAGUGGCUGUGAAUGAGGGAGGUAGUGAUUAACAGACAGGGAAUAAUUCAAGAAUGGUAAAUCGUAUAAUAAUAGUUCAUAGGUCAAAAUAAAACUCAUAAUAAGAUGGACAUGAAUAUGAACAGUUUAGUUACAUAACAAUUAUACGAUAAAAAUAUACUCAUAGCAUUGGUCCAUAAAUGGAUCCCAAGAAUUACCAUUCAUUAUUCUUAUCGGGAUAUAACAACCCCAAUCAGAUAGUCUGUACCUACCUACACGUACAUGGCUUAGUUCAAUUAUCGGUGUUUUCAUAGACUAACGUCACGCCUUGGCCUGACGGCCUCUGACCUUCUUCCAACCUACUGCUACAUCAUCCGUCAUUGUGCAUCGAGGUAGUCGGUAGAUGGUCAGACCAAGACUCAAUACCAACCGAUUAAUUCAACAGAUGUUGGUUUAACUCGUGUUUGAAAGUGCAAACCUCUUAGUCUAGGUCUUCAAGUAAUCAGUAGUUUGCAUUUGAUGAUCCUAAGUAACGGUUCAGAAUCGACCACAACGGCUCAUAAGCAUUAAUUCAGCCAGUGAUGUGUUAGGUGGGGCUACUCAGUAUUACUGUUUCUUUUCUAUUCUGAUAUCGAUGACAUUUUGCAAACAGUUAUGAUGAAUCUAACUAGUGGUAGUAUGGCUCUAUACCUAUAGAGAGACUUCGGCAUUGAGUAUACGAAUGAUAGUUUUACUGUGCUGUGAUACAUAUAAAUAUUGGUACGAAGGGACACCGAAUAUAUAUGCGCCACACAAGUCAAUUGAUUUGUGUGUGGGCUGUGAUACUGCUCAGGUCCCCAGACCGAAGCAGUUGGUUUUCUUGGGGGACCACACCCGGAGCCUUUGACCUAAAGGUCUGGUCCACAAGGCAGUGGAGCGACGUGAGGAGAUGCAGUCCCGUGGUAGCCGGUUACCAGUACUUGGUUCAUACUCCAUUUGUUCUCUCAGGAUACUGGAACCCAUGUGGACCAUUGGUUUUGAAUGAGGGUUUUUCAACUGCCCUAGGUGGACUCUCCAUAUCCACCAACCCGGUUAAAGCGCCAGAUAUUCGCUUUUCGUCCUCUCGAUUUCGUAAACAAUACCCCUUCCACGAGAAGGCGGUGAGCAGGACUUCCCUUGCAGUGGCUGUAUACGCGUGGCCAUGUGAGAGCAUUUGGAGAGGGGGUGCUAACUCUUUUCACCCAGGGCGUUUGGCGGCACUUAAUCAGUUGGCGACUAGUGUCCGUAGGUAUGAUAUUUGCUUUGUACCUUCUAAUUACAAAGUACUUUUACAUUACUGGCAGGAUACUGUCUCCACUUAUUCUUCAUAGUGAGUCAUCAGAAGUCAAAAUGUUCGUUUAUCGGUGUGUGAGUGAUUAGAACAGUCUACGUAUAGUGAAAUCCAAAGCAAGAUAACCCGAUUUGUUUCAUUUUUGAUGCCAUCGUGAUACCAGUCUGGUUCCAAAAGUUGGGAUUUGCAACGCGUCAGUGAUAACAAUAGCACUCUAUUUUUAUGACAACUAGUCUCUCCGAGUAGAAUACGUUGGAUAACUCUCUGUUCGGCCGUCGUUGUCUCUGAAGGAUUGCUAACAUGCAGUGACAGCUUUAUGUUAGUAAUGCGAAAGUUUAGAAAUGUGUGUUCUGACACAGCGACGAUAAAUCAAGUGGUGACACCAUCAUGAAACACGAAUUUUGGUGUCUUGGACAUUUAAGAAUGUCAUCCAAGCGACUACCGCAUCAUGCAUUAUUCGUCGACUCUGGGACUGACUGGAAGAAGCGAAAUGGUCAUUUUAUGACAUCUCCGGGGGAUAAGAAAAAGCUGUUUGGAACUGCUUUUAAUCGGUCUUCCACAACUUCCUGCUUGGGAUUCGGGAGAUGGUGACUGAUUUGUCAUAUUUGUGAUUUUAGCUAAAUAUGGAUUAUUACCUUCAUCACUGGAUUAUAUAUUUGGUUUAUUACUGACGAACUUCUAUCGUACACCACUCUAAUCCACUUAUUUCUACUCAUUUAAUUAUUUUUGAUUAUGUUAUAUAUUAUUAUUGGGUUCGAUAAUUAUCUAACACCCAUAGUGAACUAUGGUAAAAUCAAACUCAAUAAAAUCAAGCUAAUUUCAGACGUUCACUCAACUGUAAUCGUAACAAUCGGGCCGUUGGUUUUAUCUGACUUCACCUGAAGAAUUGCUCACAGUAUCAAUUACGACAGCUUAUCUGCACCAAACAACGUGUUUAUUUCUCUCUAAACAAGUGUUUAGAAAGCGGAAGGACACUAGAAUAAACUUUUUUAUCCCAUCAAUUCGAAGUAUUCUGAGAAAAGUUAUAUCCGUAUUAACUAGAUUUUUUUCCAGAUACCUUCAUGAAGUGUUUUCACUAGUGAAACUUCGUUCGCUCCACUACUAGACAAUUUGCUUAUUCUCAAUUUAAACGAAACUUCUGCCCGUCAAUAUAAAAUUCUAAAAGUCAAUUUCUUCAUGGAUUGUCUGUUUUUCGAAACAACAAAGUUUAUUGACUCAUCAACCGGCGCUUUACCUGUUUGUUCUCAAUUUGUCCUUAGGUACCUUAUCUCUUGUAUCGAUGAUUUGUAAAUCGAUUAAUUAAUAUUCAUUAGAAUUAGUUUCACUUACUAAUCUCGUUGAUCAUUACAGCCGGGUCAUACAUCCAUGCGAAUAGAGUAGGUAGUUGUAAGUGAGGUCGGGUUUCGUCUUUUUUUUCUAAAAAAGAAAUAAGUAUGUAGUAAAAUGUAAUAGUUUUAGUCAUAUUCAUAGUCUUUCACUGAAUGUGGGUUGUACAAUCCCAUGAAUAUCACAAUAAUGAUUACUGAUUUUUUUAAAUCAUAGCAAUACUGUUUUUUCAUUCACUGAUGUUGACAACAAUUGCUUUAUUAUUAUUAUUAUCGUCUAAAAAAGUUUCGUUUUUCACCUUGACUACUAUUACUACUACCACAAACACACCUGAAGUCAUAAAUUCUAGUUAACUUGUUUGAACGUGUUUUCUUAACUACAUUGUGUUGUGAUGCAUCUUAAGUGUUGGAUUUAUUUAAGCAUUAGAUUUCUACAAUGUUUCAUCAUGUUUGUUGAUUGUAUCGUAGUAUGAUGAUAUACAGUAGUUUGGUUAGUCUAAGAAAAGAAAAUAUCAGGGAUUUUUUGUUACACUGGUCAAACAAAUUAACCUAUCAUUUAAAUUCAUUUGACUUCUUUCCAAUGGGGCUUAAAUCUGAAAUCUUGAAUAAUAGACAAAUUAUAUUAUUGUAAAUGAAUUUUUGUGGAACAAUUUUGACUGACUGACUUCUUAUACCUCAUAAGGGAUUAUUUUCAACAGUACUCAAUAUAUUCUGUGUAAAUUUAUCAUGUUGACGUGUUGUCAUUUAUUUACAGAUGGCUUAAAAUUAACGUUACAUGAAUAAUUUCCUAAUUAAAUUUUACAUAUUCACUACUAGUGUUGAACCUAACAAUAGAAUAACUUAAUUGUUCUUCUAAUUUUGUUACACAUUAAAGCCCGUGUCGUUUCGCCAUGUCAUUCCUCGUUGCAAUAUUUUCGAUUUAUAUAUGAUGUAUGGUUUACUAAACAUCUUGAACAUAAAACAUUUAAUAAUUAUAUAAUCAAAGGAUCAUAAUGAUUGACAAUUGCGUAACAGUAUAUUGCGUUCUAACAAUCAUGAUGUACUCCUUGAUUGAUAGGCUUGUUAUUUUAUACAUUUUACAUACAGCAAAUUUAUAUUUUCUUGCUGAACUAGUAUCGUCUAUGCCUAGUUUUUCCUACUACUACUGCUGACACAGUUACCACAUCUAGUAUACUGGCAUCUCGCUUUGCUGGUGUUUUGUGGCAGCUUAAACCGAUGCACAAAUACACCAUGCUCUACAUUACAUAUGACUCAUUAACAGAAGCAUCUAUGAGUUUGCAAUUUGUAUAUCGAUUAUCACUAAUUAAUUGAUUCGUAUUCAUUUGUAUUUUUCUAAAAUUUAGAUCUUCUAUAUCAAUACAAGAUGCUGCAGACAAUGACGAUAAAACAUCACCAAUUUUAUCUAAUUCUACAUCAGAUCUUCAUCUUAAAUCAUGUUUAGAAGAUAAUAAUAAUAAUAAUAACACUAGCAAUAUUAAAGAAAUUAAAAAUGAGAUUGAAAAUACUAGUGAAUCGAAUAUAAUUAUAAAUGGUGAAAAUCAAGAAAUAUCAUCAAAUACUAAUCGUCCAACAGAUGUAAGUAUAUGGUCAGUUGAUCAUGUUCAACAAUGGUUAUUAGAAGAAGGCUUUCCACGUGAAGCUGAAGCAUUUUAUCAACAAGAAAUUGAUGGUACUUGUUUGUUAUUAAUGAAGCGUAUGGAUGUGCUAACGGAACUUGGGAUUAAAUUAGGUCCAGCAGUUAAGAUUUAUGAAAGAAUAAAACGUUUUCAAUCACAAUGUGGUUCACCAACCUAGGAAACAAGCAGAAGGAACGAUUAUUCCUUUUUUGUAUAUACAUAUAUAUAUAUACCUAUUUGCCUAAUUACAUUAAUCUCUUUACAGGUUUUUUUUAAAAUAAACUUGCUAAUAUUAUUAUUGUUUAAAUUUGAUUAUUAAAAUAGGUUCUUUAAUUUUAAUUAAACAUUUGUACAAGUUGUUAUAAUUUUAAGAGGAAAACAAGUGCUUCCAUACAAUAAGUUUUUUGUUAUUUGGGAAGUAAAUCUUAUGCGUUGUCAAGAUUCAUACGUUGUUUUGCUCUCAAACGCUAAAAAAAACCCAUUUUUAUGUAUUGUUAAACAAUGAGAUAUAAGCUUACACAUAAUCUCGGACAGUCGGGUGUCUAGAUAUCUGUGAGUCAUAGUUUUCUCAACAAAAGACCUUGGAUUUGACUUUCGUAUAUAUUCACAUUAUAAAUCCCAAGGAAAAGUUUGCUCUAAUCUUGGAGUUAUCAAAAAGGCCGAAAAUAUGUAUAUGGACUGAUUAAUUACAUAUGCAUCGACCUUAGCAGGUUUAUUAUUUGUUCAUAAUUCGAGGUUCGACAUCAUUAACAGUUAUGCAUAUGGUCACUUCGGAUAACCGGUCAUCUGUUACUUGUCUGUCCAUCAAGUCCUUCGUCGUAAGUGGUCAUCAAUAAUUGUUGUCAAAGAGCUGUUUUUCCCUAUCACAAUUGUCGAAGGUCGUCUUGUUAGAAUCGUUUCCCUCCAAUUAUUUAUUGAUAUUCAAAGGAGAGUCACGGUAGCCCGAUUUUGCGAUUAUGUUCAUAAAGUUUCAUUCAGUAAAGUCUAUUUAUUUAAAACUGUUGUGUUAGCGUAUUCGUACUAUUGUUAUACUGUGUAUGACAAUAUUUAAGCAUUAGUUGAGUAUAAUCUAGCCAACACUACCAGUCCAGUAUUUUGGCAAGUCCCUAACUCUUUUAUGCACUGUUGAUCACUAACCCGUCGUAAAUAUUGUUUUACACCUGUAUUCAGUUUUUCUUUUGAAUCUUAUCCAUGCCUCAACUAAACCGCUCAGUAUGGUUAAGGACAAAUUACCUGUGGAGAUGAGUGUUCGUGAAUUUGUAUCGCAUCCGUUUAAUUUGUGUGUGGCGCCAAUCAUUUCCGGUUAUUGUUCCGUUCAUUUAGUGGAAGGAUACUGCAUGUAAAAGCAUAAUUCUUCCUAAGGAUUUCAUUUCAAGCUCGAACUUCCAUUUUAUUUGCUUUCUUUAGUCAGCAGGUUGUGAUGUGCUACAAUGGCAUGUUCAUAGGGUACAGACUAAUAAAAGAUACUGGAAUUAAUAAGUCAAGUGUAAGUCAGACUAUUUCGAAAAAAGACGACACCCUCAUCUGCUCUCAGUCCAGACGUUGAGAACGAUGGGCAGAACACUUCAGAGAACAGUUCAGCUGGCCUUCAGCUACUCUACAACUACCCUCCAUUCCCAGACAGUGUGAAUAGAACAUUGAAGUAGGCCCCCUAACUCUAGCAGAAGUUCAAAAGGCUAUAGCUAACCUGAGACGACGAAAGGCAACUGGUCCAGACGGAUUGGCUCCAGAAGUCUUUAAGUGUGGUGGUCCAAUUUUAGCGAUUAGGUUGACUAAUAUUUUAGCUGAGAUCUGGG